ACAUCAGAUGGUGCAAGUCGAAAACAACCGAAACGCAAUCAUGAACGGUCAACUGGGAAAUAUCUCAUCUGACGACGAAAGCGAUGACACUUACAACGCUUACAAAUACGUCAGGAUGAAAAAUGGCAACAACUCAACCAACCAUGACGAUUACCAUAACAACGUGAUGAUUCAUCCUCCAAUAUAUGAAGUCACUCAGAAGACGUUGUCGGUAACGCUUCCUGAUGACGAAUCUAACGAACCAGCCCAGAACUACCUCAGUGCAGUGCAUUGGAAUUUAUUUUUGAUACCACUCGUCAGCGCCACCUGGGCGUGUGGGAUAUUAUCCAUCAACUUCCGCCUGGUGCCGUUGAUCUAUACUUUCUGCGUCCUUAACGUUUUACAGGCCAUCUAUAUAUUCGCUUACUACUGUGUUGUUACCUUUCGAUUACGUCAUAAAUGGUUCGUAAUGACGUCACACGAAUACAAUCAAAACGCAAGACCAGUGACAGUGUGGCUCGGCAACGACCCCGGAGAUGAUUAUGACGUCAUCAAUGGAAGGAGAAUGGGACGAAAACGCAGAAAAAAACGAAAAAUACCGAACAUUGACUUAAUGACUCGGACGCCGACACCGUUUCAAUCCGCCCCUCCGAUCGAACUUCUCGAACGACAAACCCAACAUUCUACGAAUUCGCAACCUAGAAGUUCGAGGCCUAAAUCUAAUAGCGUAUCAAAAUCAGUGGAUAGUAAAUUGCCCUGGAUAUCUAAAUCAAACAAUGGAAAACCAAUGCUAAAUCGAUUACAUACAAGCGUUCCUGCUUUGACCUCAUUCUGUGAUGUCGUCACUGGUGACAUGGCGGAAAACAAGAUCCCUGUAACACGCAAUGCAAAUAGGUACUCUAUUAGAAAAUAUGUUCACAAAUUAGAAACAGACUCGAACAGAACUUCACAAAGCAAAACGCAAUAUGAAGUUGCUGUCAGUCAAUCAGAUUCAACUUUAGUAAUCCGAGGAGAAUCUCAAAGAUCAUCUUAUGCAUCACUAAAGAACGAGCAAAUAUUUGGUCAAGUGAUGCCUGUAUCUUCUUCCAGGCAGACUAAACUUCCGGGAUUGCCUGGAAAUCCAAAUUUGGAAGAAAAAGAUGAACUAAGCGAUUCUCAGUCAUUCGCUAGCGACUUUGAUGAUAUUUUAAGAAGUCUAGAUCCGAGGGCUGGAGAAAGUUACAUUCUUCCUGAUAAAAACACUAGAAGUGCAAAAAUUCCCUUUGUCAAGUCAGUGAGCGACGGCAAUGUUCUAACUCGUUCACAUGUGUUGAAAUCAAGGAAUAGCUUACCAUGUUCGCCUGAAAAGCAAGAAUCCAAACUAGAUCUCAGCGAGAUUAUCUCGAACGAGCCAUUUAGUGCUUCUACAUCCAGAGAAUCCCCAGACAAACAGACAGACAAUUCAUAUAGUCGAACAAGUUCCGGACAAGGCAGCGACAAAGCUUUACUAUCGACGACCCCUCCAAUGAGAAUCGAUGAUGGUGAUGAAAACACGUUGCCAGAUAUUAAACAAAAUGAAAGACUUUCAAAUGAAACCACUGUGCUUGCAUCAAUCCACCCGAGAAAAACUUACGAUUUAGAACCUGAAUCUGGCAACAGUAGCAGCACUGAGCCCUGCACUCCUCUUCCAAGGAAGCAAUCGCAGAAAUUUUCUCCAAUACCGAUGCCAGAUUUAACAAUGAAAAACAGCCUUCUAAAGAAUAAAAAAUCGCGUUGAAUGUCUCAAUCUUCAUAUAAAAGAUGAAAUUGCCAUUAAUUUUAUAAAAGCAAAUAUAUAUUUAAUAACAUAAUAUAAAU